AUGUUUCGCCUUCCAAUGCAUGGACUUUCCGAAGCGGUGCUGGAGGCUAACGGUGUGUCGACUAAACUAGUCAAGGACCCCAACGGGAACGACGUCAACCACUCUAAAACAUGGUUCGCUGGAUUCUACACUUGUCUGCAACCCAUCCUGGACAAGAUGGUCUGGAAUAACAAGCCAUUCGAGGAAGAAACCGGUUCCUGGGAAAUCGACUUCUCUGCGCUCUCGGACCUGGAAUACCUGGCCUCUGGUGCUCAAGGUCACGUUUACAAGGCGCGUUAUCGAGACCGCGUUGUGGCUGUCAAGAAAGUGGAUGAACUCAAAGAUGCGUAUUGCAUGCGGAAAUUGAGCCGGCAUCCGAACAUCGUGGCGUUGUUUGGCUUAUGCUUCAACCCGUGUUGCAUCGUCAUGGAGUAUUGUCACCAGGGGUCGUUAGUGGAUUUUUUGCGAGAGAAACGGACGGAGAAGCUGCCGUUGACUAGGGUAGUCAACUGGGCGCGGCAAAUUGCGCAAGGAAUGGCGCACUUGCAUUCCAAGAAGAUCCUUCACCGGGAUUUGAAAAGUGCAAACGUGUUGAUCUCUCGCGAUUCCUUGAAGAUCACAGAUUUUGGAACUAGUCGAGAUUGGUCGAGUGUGGAGUCGAACGACUCUGUGUUUAUGACGCUGGCUGCGAAGCCUCACCACGACACCCUCAACAACUGGACACUGCACGGCAAGUUCCCACAAGGUCUGCCGGCUGUGCUGUACGGUGUGGGGAACGGGUCACUGCAUCUUCCUAUUCCUGCCUGUUCUGCCGUGGAAUUUCCUACUCAAUCAAAAUAUUGUUCAUUCCCUGCAGGUGUGGAACUUCUUUUGCGACUAUGCUGGGCACCAUGUCCGCGGAAUCGACCAGGUUUUAAGCAGAUCAUCAUUCACUUGGAUAUUGCGGAGCGUGAAUUCAAAACAGAUCCCAAUGCAAAUUCCGUUUGCGCGGACGUCGUCACCCGGGACUUGUACGAAGUUCGGCUACACGAAACAACACGACUGUUCUCCAGACUGAAUGGUAUUUUGCAGCGUUUGGAUUGUUCUUGCCAGAUUGUUGAAGGCCGCGUGGCAAAUCGUAGAAGGAAUUCCCUGUGA